CGUACACCGAGCUCCGCUGACGAGGAAACAAUUAGCAUGCCCUCUUCGAGUUCUCCAACUCUCUACCAACGCAUCGUCUCCCUCCUCGACAAAUCCAAGUCCUUAACCCAUCUCAAGCAAAUCCAAUCCUCCCUCAUUAUCUCAGGCCAUGGCCAAAACCAGCUGCUCUCCUUCAAGCUGGUCCGCUUCUCCGCGCUUAACCUCACCGACCUCUCCUACGCCCGCCUCAUCUUCGACUCCCUCCGCUCCCCCAACGUCUUCCUCUACACCGCUAUGCUCACCGCCUACUCCCUCCACUCUCACUCCUCCGCCCUCAAUCUCUUCGCCCAAAUGCUCCAGCUUGGAAAACCCAAGCCCAACGAGUUCAUCUACCCGCUCGUCCUCAAAUCCUGCUCUGAUUGUUCGGAUCUUAUAUUGAUGAAAUUGGUGCAUACCCAUGUUUCAAAAUCUGGUUUUGAUGCGUACUCGGUCAUAAAGACGUCACUUUUGGACUCUUACGCGAGGUUUUCUGAUUUGGGCACUGCCCGAUCACUGUUCGAUGAAAUGCCUGACAGGAACGUGGUUUCUUGGACUGCUUUGAUUUCUGGGUACGCGAGGGCUGGGAAGAUGGGGAAUGCAGUUGCACUGUUUGAGGAAAUGCCCGAGAGAGAUGUUCCUUCUUGGAAUUCUAUGGUUGCUGGUUUCGCACAAAAUGGGAUGUUUCCUGAGGCUGUUAAGAUGUUUCAGAGGAUGGUUAUAAGCGGGGCGAGGCCAAAUUCUACGACGGUAUCUUGUGUUCUCUCGGCAUGCGGGCAUCUUGGCAUGCUUCGCCUUGGGAAAUUGGUUCAUGGGUAUGUCUUGAAAGUGCAAAUUGGUUAUAGUUCCUUUGUGUCCAAUGCGCUCAUUGAUAUGUAUGGAAAAUGCGGGAAUGUUAAAGAAGCUAGGUGGGUUUUCGAUACUUUGAGUGAUAAGAGCUUGACCGCUUGGAAUUCUAUGAUCAAUUGCCUUGCACUCCAGGGGCAUAGCAAUAAUGCGAUUGAAACCUUUAAAGCGAUGGAGAUUAGUGGUUUGGUACCGGAUGGAGUAACAUUUGUUGGUCUUUUGAAUGCUUGUACUCACGGAGGACUAGUCGAUAGAGGGCUUCAUUACCUUGAGUCCAUGAAGCAAGACUAUAAAAUUGAGCCACAAAUCGAGCAUUAUGGAUGUGUUAUAGACCUACUAGGUCGAGCGGGGAGGUUUAAAGAGGCAAUGGAGUUUGUAAAGGAUAUGAGAAUAGAGCCUGAUGAGGUUGUCUGGGGGUCCUUGCUCAACGGCUGCAGGAUUCAUGGAGAUAAGAAUUUGGCUGAGUUUGCAAUUAAGAAGUUGUUGGAGAUGAAUCCGGACAAUGUCGGUUAUGGUAUCAUGCUGGCAAAUUUGUAUAGUGAGAGCGGGAAGUGGGAGGAAGUGGGUAAGGUUAGGAAGAUGUUGAAGGAGGGGGGAGGGAAGAAAUUACCGGGGUGUAGUUGGAUUGAGGCUGAAACUGAGUUUCAUCAGUUUCAUUCUGGUGAUAAGCUUCAUUGUGAAUCCGAGGAGAUACAUAGAAUUUUAGAGGUGUUGGCAGGAGUGAUGGAAACGUGAGGAGGAGGUGAAGUUGAUAGUUGCUAGAAAAUUAAUUCUAAUUUAGCGCAAUCAGUAUAAGAUACCAGUGCGUACCAGUACAAUCAACAACUUCAAAAAUUCCUGUUAAAUACUUGUCGUCGCAGUUUCAUUCCUCGCUACGUCGUUUUAUAAGGAGGACCUUCUAUAGGAUUUUCCCUGCGUUAAUUUCCUUGGUGCUCAGGCCAAUCUGAAUAUGCUGCGCCUUUUAGUUGCUCAGCAUCAUGUUGCAUCGUAUCAGGCUGAAAUUUUGUCCUCCCUCGUGGAGAUAUUCGUGUUGAUUCUUGUUAACAUACAAGUGAUCCAUUGACAUCACUGGUAUAGCCACUGUAGAUAUUCAACCAUGAAUUGUGUAUUGUAUAUCAGGUUUUUUUUGCUCAUACCUACAAAUACAUUUACUGGGCUUGUGAUUCUGAGGGCCUCAGUUUGG